GCAGGUUUAACUAGCAGAUACAUGUGUAGUACGAUAGUUAUUCCAUUCCGUGAUUUUACUUUCGCUUUUCUUUAAUUUCUGCAAUUUCUUGCAACAAGACACUAAAAUAACAAAUCUGAAAAUAUGGCAGAAGAGGGACUUCAAUCUCCAAAACCUGGCUGGUACGUCUACGAGAAGCCUUAUGGCUGGGAGGAAGAGGGCGAUCUUACAAAAAUAGAAAAGGAUUUCAGGAAGGAGAUGGGUAGAAUGAAUCCCGAGGACUACGACUAUUCGGAAGAUCCAGUUUUAAAGGCGAUGAGGCUGGAAGCUGAGGCCGAACACGCAAAAAAGAAUUUCCAGACUGGACGCAAACAUGCUAAGAUGAUCAAAGACCACAUCGUUGCAUCAAGGAAACUUAACUUUGAAAGGAGAUCGUCAAAAGCCUCCGUCAGUUCUUAUGAUACCGAAGACUUCAUGAGCCAGCCCGAUGAAAGGAUUUGGGACGAACAGGGCGAAAAAGCUUGGAUGGCAGCUUACAAAAGUAAGGCAAAGAGAAACAAGAAAUUGAGGAAAAUGCUCGCCAGUGCUCCUGGUCAUUCUCCCGUAAAAGCAAAGGUACCAUCACCAAUAAAAAUAGCACAAGCAUACGCACAACAAAGCCCCGCUGUGCAAAAAGCUGUAGCAGCAGUACUUGCUGCCAGCCCUCCCCCACCUAUCAGCCCCAAGAAGUUUGGAGACAUUAACUUAGACAGCAGCGAUGAUGAGGUUCCUAUGCCAACAAACUUCGCCAAAAAGAUGUCCAUGGCGGGCAAGAAAUCUUUCUUUGCUUCUCCAUCGAAAGGCAAAUCUCCAAGCCCUUACAAGCCAUUGCCUCCUGCCAUCAAAAAAGCCUUCUUUGCACCACCUGAUCUUGAUUCAGACUCAGACUCUGAUGACAUAGAUAUACCCGGAUUCUCGAAAGUUCCUAGCCCCACCAAAAAGUUUAGUGUCAGUAAGAAAGCUUUCUUUGAUAGUCCCUCAAAGCAGUAAUUGAUGGAUUAAACGACACCCAAACUGAUGUGAUUUUAAAUUUUUUUAGAGACAUAAUUAUAUUACCGAUGAUGCAUUAUUGAAUUUGACCUUUGAUACUUAAAA